UUUCUUUCUUCUGGUCCAAACACUGUGUGCCCACUCCACUCCACUCCAGCAUCCAGAAGCAGAGAGAUAACACUUUGGAUGCCAGCCCAUAUUUUCAUCUUUGAGGUUGACCAGUAACCCCCAGUAUUAUUAUAUCAUGCCAGCUGGGCUAAAGUGUUAACCUUUGCCAGGAUCCUUCCGAACCAAAAACCCAUCAACUAUAUAAACAUCAUUCAUCACCCUCUUUCCCAUCAUCAACCAACGAUAACUUAUAUCUUUCUCUUCUUCCAAUAUUCUAAAGAGUUCUUUCCAUCAAACCAACCAAGCAUUUCAGUUUACAAAAAGGGUUUGUUUUUCCUUCGAUUGCAAAUUAUAUUGAGGAAAGAUGAUUUCCUUUACAGCCUCUAGAGCUGCAUUGAUUUCAGUGGUUGCAUCUCUUCUACUGGUUGCUGCCUCUGCUGGUAAUUUCUACCAGGAUGUGGACGUCUACUUCGGAGGUCCGAGGGCUCAGAUUCUUCAGGGUGGCCAACUUCUCACCCUGUCUCUAGACCAAGCUUCGGGUUCCGGGUUCAAUUCCAAGAAGGAAUACAUGUUCGGUCGGUUUGAUAUGCAGCUCAAACUUGUCCCGGGCAACUCUGCUGGCACUGUCACCACAUUUUAUUUAACAUCACAAGGAAAUGCCCAUGACGAAAUUGAUUUCGAAUUCCUUGGAAACUCUUCAGGACAGCCUUACACAGUUCACACCAAUGUUUUUGGUCAGGGGAAAGGAGGCAAAGAGCAACAGUUUCACCUCUGGUUUGAUCCCACAACAGCCUUCCACACUUACUCCAUUGUGUGGAACCCCCAGAGGAUCAUCUUCUUGAUCGAUAACAAUCCGAUCAGAGUGUUCAACAAUGAUGAAUCAAAGGGUGUGCCUUUCCCCAAGAACCAGCCAAUGAGAGUGUACUGCAGCUUGUGGAAUGCUGAUGAUUGGGCUACACAGGGCGGCCGGGUUAAGACGGAUUGGUCUAAAGCUCCAUUCUCUGUUUCUUACCGGAAUUUCAAUGCUAAUGGUUGUGCCAGGUCACCAGGUUCAUCGACUUGUGAUUCUACGAAUUCCGCAAACAAUGAUCAGGCAUGGCAGAAUCAGGGGUUGGAUGCCAAAGGCCGAAACAGGAUGAAUUGGCUUCGACAGAGAUUUAUGGUCUACAAUUAUUGUACUGAUCGUUCCAGGUUCCCUCAAGGCUUUCCUCCGGAAUGCAAAGGCCAGCAGUAAUCAACCCCUCAGGGGACUCCAAGGGUCUUUAUUCAUUUUAUUCUUUUUGACAUUGAAGAUUGUUUAAUUAUAAUUUGUAAAUCUUUUCCAGAUUACGCAUAAUUCUUUAUUCUUUUGUAGAUUUCAGAGUGAAUAACAAAUUACUUUUAUUAUAUUGUCAUUGCUAUUUCGUUUUCGUGCUUUUCUCCUCUUUUUCUUUUUUUUUUCUUUUUUUUUUUAGCUACAUGGUACUUACUACGUUAUUAUAGUAUAAUGGGAGUUGAGUCUGUUUACUGAGAAGGAAAUACGAUACUACUACUAUAAGGGAAAACAGAGCUAUACUUUUAGAAAAAGAUGUAAAAACUAGAUUCAUGUAAUUUACAAAACCAAAUGGAUGAUGACUCCUCCUCUCUGCCUCGGCAGACACGAUAAGAUUUAUAUUUAGCCUUUUGAAUUAAAUGAAAACUCGAUUUGGAGACUAAGAUCUUAGAAACACCACAUCAUUUUAUGCUUUUAUAUAUAUAUAUAUAUAUAUAUAUAUAACAUUAUAGGCAUCCUAGGCUAUUCAUUUGUGGGUCUACUGGGGGAGGUGAUACUACUACUAGGGAGAGACAAAAUACAAAGAGUAUGGAUGGUUGAGGAUGAAUACCCACAAUUUUGAUGUUUUGAGUUACAUCGCAAAUAAUUUGUGACAGUUCCAUCAAAGGGCUAAGGCAAUUGAUGCCACCAACCCCAAUUUCAUUAUGAAUCCCAACUAGAGUAAUUUCAAAACUUCUGUUCUGCUCUUUGAUGGGCUGAUUAUUGUAGCAGAGAAAGUCGCAAUAGGGUUGUCAACGAUUCCAAAUUGACAAAUUUGAUAUCGUAAUUUUUUAGCAGCCCAAGUUUAAUACGUAUUUCUGGUUACAUAGAGAAACUAGAGGAACAAAAGAUAGCAAGUUAGCAAUCAUAAGAGUAAUGUAUUUUACAAUAAAAGUUGCACGGAUUCUGCAUAAUAUGAACAAAGAUUUACAAAAAAGAAUUAGAGAAUCUCACCUAACACUUUACAUUUUUCCUACUGUAACACAAUUUACAAAAUCUAUAUACAAAAGCAGGAAAAAAAAAAAAAAAAGAGCCCAAAACAACCAAUGUUGAAUAAAAAUUACUGCUGCUUGCACUCGGGAGGAAUGCCUUGAGGGGACCUGGAACGAUCAGCACAAUAAUUGUAGAUCAUGAAGCUGUCUCGAAGCCACUUCAUCCUGCUUCGGGCCUUGGCAUCAAGCCCCUUAGUCUGCCAUGACUGAUCAUUGUUUCCAGAAUUUGUUUUCCCACAGGUCGACGAACCAGGUGCCCUGACACAACCAUUGGCAUUGAAAUCCCUGUAAGAAACAGAGAAUGGUGCAUUAGCCCAAUCCGUCUUGACCCGGCCGCCCUGUGUAGCCCAAUCAUCAGCAUUCCAUAAGCUGCAGUAGACCUUCAUGGGCUGAUUCUUAGGAAAAAGCACCCCAAUUGAUUCAUCGUUGUUGAACACUCUGAUCGGAUUGUUAUCCACCAAGAACAUGAUUCUCUGGGAGUUCCAAACAAUGGAGUAAGUGUGAAAGGCCGCGGUUGGAUCAAACCAGAGGCGAAACUGUUGCUCUUUCCCACCUUUUCCCUGAGCAUAUACAUUUGUGUGAACUGUGUAAGGCUGCCCUGAAGAGUUUCCGAGGAAUUCGAAAUCAAUUUCGUCGUGGGCAUUUCCUUGUGAUGAUAACUGCACAAUUUAUAAGGCAUAACAAAAUUAGUUUGGUGAAACUUAUGGAUUUUGAUCAUGAGAAAUUCAAUGUUUUCAAGUACUGACAUAGAAUGUGGCGACAGUGCCAGCGGAAUUGCCCGGGAUGAGUUUGAGUUGCGUAUCAAAUCGCCCGAACAAAUAUUCGUUCUUGGUUACGAACCCUGAACCUGAAGAUUUGUCAAGAGAUAAGGUGAGAAGCUGGCCACCCUGAAGAAACUUAGCCCGAGGACCUCCGAAAUAGACGUCGAUAUCUUGGUUGAAAUUGCCGGCAUGCGCAACAAGAAGUAGAAGAGAUGCAACAACGCCAGAUAUGAAUGUAGCUUGAGAGGAUGUAAAUGAUGUAAUCAUUUCAACUUCUUUAUCCUUUCUCUUUUUUUAGUUUUUUUUUUUUUUUUUUGGUUUUUUUUGGAUACUGAAACUAAUAGUACUUGCUGAAUUAGUUUGAUGGAAAUUAUGAAU